CACCUGGUGCGCACGCGCACUGGGGUAUCGCGGAGGCAGCCCGCCGGGGCGAGUGCCCGGAGAGGCGCAUGCUUGUGGGCCUGCGCGUGCACGAGCCUAGGUGCGCGUACGAUGUCCGAGGAGGUUGAUAUCGGAGAGUCGAUGAAUCGAGAUUCGAGGCCAUUAUUUCCAGAGAAGGAAACCAGUUGCUGGCAUUCUCACCACCUUUCUACCUGCCAUGAUCAAGUGCUUGUCAGUGGAAGUAAAAGCCAAAUUGCGUUCUGGUUUGGCCAUAAACUCCUUGGGCCAGUGUGUUGAGGAACUUGCCCUCAACAGUAUUGAUGCUGAAGCAAAAUGUGUGGCCAUCAGGGUGAACAUGGAAACUUUCCAAGUCCAAGUGGUAGACAAUGGAUUUGGGAUGGGGAGUGAUGAUAUAGACAAGGUGGGAAAUCGCUACUUCACGAGUAAGUGCCACUCAGUACAGGACUUGGAGAGCCCAAGGUUUUAUGGUUUCCGAGGGGAGGCCUUGGCAAGUAUAGCUGACAUGGCCAGCGCUGUGGAAAUUUCAUCCAAGACAAACGGGACAAUGAAAACAUUUGUGAAACUGUUUCAGAAUGGAAAAGCCCUGAAAGCAUGUGAAGCUGACUUGACUAGACCAAGUGCAGGGACAACAGUAACAGUAUGUAACCUAUUUUACCAGUUACCUGUACGGAGAAAAUGCCUGGACCCUAGACUGGAGUUUGAGAAGGUUAGGCAGAGGGUAGAGGCUCUCUCACUCAUGCACCCUUCCAUUUCUUUCUCUCUGAGAAACGACGGUUCUGGUUCUAUGGUUCUUCAGCUCCCAAAGACCAAAGACAUAUGUUCCCGAUUUUGUCAAAUUUAUGGAUUGGGCAAGUCCCAAAAGUUAAAAGAAAUACAUUUUAAAUACAAGGAGUUUGAGCUUAGUGGAUAUAUCAGCUCUGAAGCACACUAUAAUAAGAAUAUGCAGUUUUUGUUUGUGAACAGAAGACUAGUUUUAAGGACAAAGUUGCAUAAACUCAUCGACUUUUUAUUAAGAAAAGAAAGUAUUAUAUGCAAGCCAAAGAUUGGCUGUGCCAGUAGGCAAAUGAAUUCAAGUUCUCGGCAUCGAUCUACACCAGAACUCCAUGGGAUAUAUGUAGUCAACGUGCAGUGCCAGUUUUGUGAGUACGAUGUGUGCCUGGAGCCAGCAAAAACUCUGAUUGAGUUUCAGAACUGGGAUACUCUCCUAAUUUGUGUUCAGGAAGGAGUGAAAAUGUUUUUAAAGCAAGAGAAAUUAUUUGUGGAAUUAUCAGGCGAAGACAUUAAGGAAUUUGCUGAAGAUAAUGAUUUUAGUUUAUUUGGAAGUACUCUUCAGAAGCGUCUGUCCUCAGGUGAGAAGCCUGACCAAGACAGUUUCCAGGAAGCAUGCAGUAAUAUUUUAGAUUCCUAUGAAAUGUUUAAUUUGCAAUCAAAAGCUGUGAAAAGAAAAGCUACUAUAGAAACCAUAAACACACAGAAUUCUAGGGAUUCACAAGCUAUCAGAAAAGAGACAGAUGACUCAUCUUUGUCCACUUGUGAAUCAGAUGGCCUGGGCCACAGUAAAAUGACAGAAUUAUCUUUAUACAACACAGACAGCUCUUCCUUAGAAUCAAGAAUGUUAGAACAAGAUACAGUUGAAACAUCAGAAUUAAGAGAAAACGAGAAACAUAAAAAAGCUUGCUUGGAACGCAACUCUUUAGAAAGUCCAUGUGGAAAGAGUUCAGAAAUGUUUCUAAGCCUUUGUCAGACACAACAUUACAUCGAGGAGAGUGAAUCAGAUCUAGAAACACAGAAAGUAAGUACUACUGUUAGUGACAUGACUCCCAAUAUCCUGAAAAAUAACAAAACUCAAAAUCAACUGGAGAGACUUAAAGAUGCUACUCAAAUGGAACGCCAACAUCUGCCUUUUGGGCCAACAUCAUUGAGAGCUCAUAGUGCACAGAGAGAGAAAGAGAAGAAAAAAACAGAGCCUAGUAGUUGUGGAAGGAUAAAUACUUUUAGUUACGGAGAAGUUAAGUUAUGUUCCACUGGCUUUAUAACUCACAUUGUACAAAAUGAGCCAAUUAAAUUAACUGCAGCAGAACACUCCUUUAAAAACUAUGUCCGACCUGGUCCUGCAAAUGCCCAAGAAAUAUUUGGAAACAGAAUGGAUCACUCAAUUGAGACUCUAGACAGCAAAGAUUUAACUAGCACUUUAAGUAAAAAAUCUACUCACCUGCCUAACCAAAACUUUUGCAGAACAAACACAAGUUACGGGCUAGCAAACAGACAGACAAGUUACAAAAAUUUUGCAGUUUUUCAGAAAAGUGCUGAAGAAGCACAAACAAGUUGUUUAUUACCUGAUAUAUCUUCUUCUUUGCCUUGGCAUAGAUCUGUCUCAAAAAAUAGUAAGAAAACAGAUAAAUUGAUUACUUCUUCCAAACCCAUAGUCCGUAAAAAGCUAUGCUUGAGUUCACAACUAGGAUCUUUAGAGAGGUUUAAGAGACUAUAUGGGAAGGUUAAAAACCCUCUGGCCACAGAAAUGGAGGAAAAUAAUAGUGAAGUCACUCUCUGUCUCAGUCCUCAAGUUGAACCUGACAUUUCACUGACAGACAAGAACCCAUUAGACAACUCUAAUGUUUGUAAAAUCACCACUGUGCAGCAUAAUGAUUCAAGUAGCAGUUUUCAACCAGCAAGUCACAUCCUGUACUCAGAAAAAUUUCCCUUCAAAGAAGAGGAUUGUUUGGAACAACAGAUGCCUUGUUUGAGGGAAAGUCCUGAAACACUAACAGAGUUACUUCAUGCUAACAGAAAACCUUUGGAUGUUGAGAAGUCACCUGAGUCACUAGCCUCUAAAUUAUCCAGACUGAAGGGUUCUGAAAAAGGGCCUCAAAUAGUGGAAAUGAUGAGUCAUUUUAAUGAAUUUCCAAAUUCAGAUCCCAGUGGGAAAGACAGUGACUUAUGCAGUAGGUUAACCCUAGAUUCUUGUCAGUUAAUUAAAAAUGAGCAUGAAAAAGUAGAGAGUGGCAUCCCAGUGUCAGAUUCUGCCAUGCAGGAUAAUUCCUUCAGUAACGACAGUGAGACACAUUUUAACAGCAAUAUAGAAGAAAACCUGGUGAGACCUGAAACUCCUCUGGCGUUACCUUAUAACAAUGUCACAGUAACUAAAGAUGCAGAUAUUUUUAUGAGAGCGUCAGAGCAAUGGAUAGAAAGUCCUGAUUCUCCCUGUAGAAUGUUAAGUCCAGCAGAAAGUACCACAGUUGACCAAAAUAGAAUUUGUUCUCCCAGUAAGGAUUCUGAAACAGGAAGUUGUUCUGAAAAAGAAGAAUCAAACACCUGUUCUUCCGACUGGCAGCAGCAUUUUGAUGUAGCCCUGGGAAGGAUGGUUUAUGUCAACAAAAUGACCGGACUUAGCACUUUUGUGGCUCCUCCAAAGGAUGUUCAGACUGCUUGUACUAAAGAUCUGACAACUAUGGCUGUGGAUGUCAUCCUUGGGAACGGGUCUCAGUACAGGUGUCAUCCUUUUAGAAGUGACCUGGUUCUUCCUUUCCUUCCAAGAACUCGGGGAGAGAAGAUUUUGAUGAGACAGAAUAACACAGAUGCUGUGAAUGAAGCUGUUGUUGGUAAUGAAUCACUUCAGUCUUUGUUUUCAGAGUGGGAAAAUCCAGUAUUUGCCCGCUACCCAGAGGUUGCUGUUGACGUAAGCAGUGGCCAGGCUGAGAGCUUAGCAGUUAAAAUUCACAACAUCUUGUAUCCCUAUCGUUUCACCAAAGAAAUGAUUCACUCAAUGCAGGUUCUCCAGCAAGUGGAUAACAAGUUUAUUGCCUGUUUAAUGAGCACUAAGACUGAAGAGAAUAGCGAAGGAGGUGGAAACCUAUUAAUCUUGGUGGAUCAGCAUGCUGCCCAUGAGCGCAUUCGGUUAGAACAGUUGAUUGCUGACUCGUAUGAGAAGCAACAACCCCAAGGCUGUGGUCGGAAAAAAUUACUAUCCUCCACUAUAAUUCCUCCACUAGAGAUAACAGUGACCAAGGAACAAAGAAGACUCCUAGGGUGUUACCACAAAAAUCUGGAAGAUCUGGGCCUUGAAUUUACUUUUCCACAUACUAGUGAUUCUCUGGUCCUUGUGGGAAAAGUACCACUCUGUUUCGUAGAAAGAGAAGCCAAUGAACUUCGAAGAGGAAGAUCCACUGUUACCAAGAGUAUUGUGGAGGAAUUUAUUCGGGAACAAGUAGAGCUGCUCCAGACCACAGGAGGCAUCCAAGGGACAUUGCCGCUGACAGUCCAGAAGGUGCUGGCCUCCCAGGCCUGCCACGGGGCCAUUAAGUUUAAUGAUCACCUGAGCCCCGAGGAGAGCUAUCGCCUUAUUGAAGCUCUGUCCUGGUGCCAGCUGCCUUUCCAGUGUGCUCAUGGGAGACCAUCUAUGCUGCCGUUAGCUGACCUAGACCACUUGGAGCAUGAGAAACAGAUUAAACCUAACCUUGCUAAACUUCGCAAGAUGGCCCAGGCUUGGCGUCUCUUUGGAAAAGCAGAAGGCUGUGAUACGAAAUGGAGCCUGCAGCAAUCUGUGGCUCCUUGUGAGCCUCCAUGAAAACAGACUUACUGAUCUACAGGGAUCAGAACCAAAGGGAUUAGAGGAUGCUGACUGUGUACCACUGAGCAGAGCAUGAGCAGCAGUAGCCACAUUACCCUGGCUGAGUCAGCCCUGCCUGGAGCAGUGUCCUAAUGUCAGUCCUUCUGAAGGAGACGGUCCCUCUCCCUGAGCAGCCACGUGGAAUUGAAGGCUGAAGCCGGUUCGUUCAUUUGCAGCCAUGGCUACAGGAGAUUACUAUAAAAUAUCUGCCUUUUAUACCUUAUUUAGUGAUAACAUUUAAUGAUUAACUGUCUGAUUGAUAGUUGAAGAUUGUAAUUUUUCCAGCUUGUGAGUUUGUGAUUCUGUAAGUGACCUGAUGCUGAAUCCCAAGAACUACUGCGCUCCCUUGGCGGCCCUCGGUGUGUCUCCACCUGGCUGUCCUUUCCUUCCCUCUGCUGCCUCUGUACAUUCCUAAGGUCUUCUGUCCGAGCUUUAAGUAAAUUAUUUUAGGGAUUGAAAACUUUUGAUAAAGUGAAACACAGGCAAAGAUAAAAAAGGGGAAAUGUCCAGUUCCUGUUUAUUUUUGUUGUUAUUAGUUUUUUUGUUUUUAAAAAUUUAAGAGGCGGGGCUGGAGAUUUAGCUCAGCGGAAUAAGCGCCUGCCCUGCAAGCAGGCAGUCGUGAGUUCAAUCCCUGGUACCGAUAAAAAGGAAAAAGACAAAAAAAAAUUUAAGAGGCUAAUGUUCAUAUCCUGAAUAUCCCAAACCAGUAAACAUACAAUGAGCUUCUUUUUUAAAAAUGAUUUGUUUUAUACUUUCUGAAGUGUUUCUUUAUGUGAAAGCAUUUGUCAUAUUAAAAUGACAGUAUUUAUUCUUUCAGCCUAAUCAGAUAUGAUGUUUUACUGUUAUUUCUUUUUGGAAAUAGAAUUCUUUUGGCCCCUUUCAAAUUGUGUCUUGAUUUUAUUACAGUGUAUCUACAUAAUAGCCUUAUAAUUUGACGUGGGCCCAAGACUGAUGUUUCUAUGCCAUUCUUAAUCUGUAUCUUACCGUUUCAGAUGACUUAAUUUGUGGUUAAUAGGGUCCAACUGGGGCUGGGAAUUGAGCUCAGUGGCAUAAGCGCCUGCCUUGCAAGCACGUGGUCAUGAGUUCCAUCCUCGGUACCAGUAAAAAAAAAAAAAAGGAUCCAACUGACUAAGCAAAGAGGGGGGAACAGCUGGUAGUGUUUGUUACAAUAUAUAUUGUACAGUUAGUAAGGUGUUGCAAUGAGAAUUUCCAUUUCAGUGAUUCUUGAUCAACCUACUCAAAUAGGCCUUUAAAUGAAGUAAUUUCCCUCAUUUUUCAAUAUAGGAAACAGAUGUGUACUCAUGGAAGCAAGUCUGUUUGCCAGCAGCCCUGGACUGAGUCUAAGUAAUGAAAGCAUUGCCUUCAUGAGCAUAGGCCUCCGGCAGGUGCAGGGACGCCUUCACUUUUUUCAGGGAUCCUUAUAGAAUUAUGUAAUGGGAAUCCUGAAGAAUGGGCACUGCUAACAUGGCUUCAUCCUCCUAAAUCCAUCUGAGAGGAUCUUCAUACACUAGGAGCUGUGACUGUAGACUGGAGGGUGUUUUCAAGGGCUCUGCAAGGCUGUCAGAGGUCCUGGGGAAGCCUUGACCUUGGGACUCUCUCUUACUCUGAGGGGCCACAUGGAAGAAACGUGUCCCAGGAAUUUGAAAAGUCUUUUAGCCCAUACCAAUUUGCAGGUUUUCAAAAAGUGUUACCAUACCUCUUAUUUAGAAUGAUGGGGUGGGAUUCAAAAAAUUUUUGCUAUUUGUAAUUUCAGACUACUGCAUUUUUUUGAGAGCAGCAGAGCAUUAGAAAGAGUUCUCCCUAAAUUAUGUACCCAGUGUUCCUGCCUAGCCUGACUCAAAUAAUGUAAGAUAAUUACCGUAUUUUAAUAAUUUAUAAAUUCAGUAGCGUGCAUCAGCAUAAAACAACCUUUUGGCCAAAAAUAUCCAAUAGAUUACUUUUAUUGACAGUUAGAGCUUUCUUUUAUUCUUACAGGUGUAAGUACAAAGUACAUUUACAGUUAACAUUUACUGUUCUGUUACAUAAUAGUAAUUAUUGACACCAUUAUGGGUUUAUAUAUGAUAUUUUAAACUUUUCUUUUUUUCCCUCUCAGUACUGGGUAUUAAACCAAGGCCUUUACACUGAGCUACAUGCCCCUGUUUUUAAAAUAUUUUUAGAGAGGGUUUUGAUAAAUUGCCACCACUGGCCUCAGACUUGCUAUCCACCUGCCUCAGCCUCCUACAGUGAUGAGAUUACAGAUGGGCACCACCAUACCCAGAAACUCUAAGCUUUAUAAAAUAUUUUUUAGGUAUGCCUUAUCUUACUUGAUUUUUUUUUCUUCUUCAGUAUUGGAUGGAACCUAGGGUCUUGAAGACACUAGGUAAGGCAGUCUAACAUUGACCUACAUCUCCAGCACUGCACUUCAAUUUCCUGACAGCAAUUAGGAAAAGGUAUUAUUAUUCUUCCCAUUUUACAAAGGGGAAACUAAGCAGAAUAUUAAGUGUCUUGUUUAAGAUCAUACAGCAGGUAUGAUUGAUUCCUAGGUAUUUCAUUUUUUGGAUGGUAUUGUAAAAGGUAUUGUUUUCCUGAUUUCUCUCUCAGUGAGUUUAUUAUUUGUAUACAGGGAGGCUAUUGAUUUUUGAAUGUUGACUUUGUAACCAUCUAUGUUACUGAAUUUGCUUAUUAAGACUACAAGUCUUUUGGUAGAGCUUUUGAGGUCUUCUAAGUAGAGUAUCAUGUCAUCUGUAAAUAACAAUAGUUUACCUUCUUCCUUUCCUUUCUUUAUUCCUUUUAUUUCUUUCUCUUGUCUAAUUGGCUGCAGCUAGAGUUUCCAGGACUAUGUUGAGUAAGGGUGGUGACAGUGGACAUCCUUGUCUUGUUCCUGAUUUUAGAAUGAAAGCUUUCAGUUUUUGUCCAUUUAGUAUGACGUUAGCUGUUGGUUUGUCGUAAAUGGCUUUUAUCAGAUUGAGAUGAAGACCAUCUAUUCCAGUUUUUUGUAGGGUUUUUAUCAUGAAUUGAGUGCUGGACUUUGUCAAAAGCUUUUUCUGCAUCUAUUGAGAUGAUCAUAUAACUUUUGUCCUUGGCUCUGUUGAUAUGGUGUAUUACAUUUAUGGAUUUAUGUAUGUCGAACCAUGCCUGCAUCCCUGGGAUGAAUCCUACUUGAUCAUGGUAUAUACUCUUUGAUGAUUUGCUGCAGUCUGUUUGCCAGUAUUUUACUGAGGAUUUUUGCAUCACUGUUCAUUAGGGAGAUUGGCCUGUAGUUCUCUUUCUUAGCUGGGUCCUUCUUUGGUUUUGGUAUCAGAGUAAUGCUUGCUUCCAGGAAUGAAUUUGGAAGUAUUGCUUCCCUUUCAGUUUCAUUAAAGAGUUUGAUAGGUAGUUGUGUUGGGUCUUUACUAAAUUUCUUGUGGAAUUCAGCAGUGAUUCCUUCCGGGCCUGAGCUUUUCUUUGUUGAUAGAUUUUUAAUUAUAUCUUCAAUUUCCUUUAUUGAUACUGAAUUAUUUAGGAUUUUUAUAUCUUCUUGGUUAGGCUUUGGUAAUUCAUAUGUAUCUAGUAAUCUGUCCAUUUCUUCUUUAUUUUCCUUCUUAUUAGAAUACAGGUUUUCAAAGUAGGUAUAGGUGAUCUGGAUUUCUGCAGGGUCUCUCAUGAUUUUGCCCUUUUCAUUCCUAAUUGCAUAGACUUGAGUCUUUUCUGUCCUUUUUUUUGGAUAAGACUGGAUGAGGGUUUGUCAAUUUUAUGUAAUCGGGGCUGGGGAUUUAGCUCAGCGGCAUAAGUGCCUGCCUUGUAAGCAGGCAGUCGUGAGUUCGAUCCCUGGUACCGAUAAAAACAAAAAAAAAGACAAAAAAAAACAAGAGUAAAAAAAAAAUUUAUGUAAUCUUCCAAAAAAUCAACUCUUCAGUUCAUUGAGUCUUUGUAUUAUUUUUUUAGUCUCCAGUGUGUUUCUGCUCCAAUCCUUAUAAUCUCCUCCCAUGUACGAGCUUUUAUUUUAGCCUGCUCUUCUUUUUCUAGAGUUCAAGAGUCAACAGUAAGUUAUUUAUGUAUGCUUGCUGUUUUCCUGGUAUGAGUAUUUGCUGGUGUAAAUUUCCUUCUUAAGACUGCUUUCAUUGUGUCCCACAAGUUCCAGUAUGUUGUAUUGUCAUUAUCAAUCAAAUGUAAAAGGUGUCUAAUUUCUUCUUUAAUUUCAUCUGUGACCCAUUGAUUGUUCAGUAGGCUGCUAUUUAAUUUCUAUGUGUUUAUGCAGUUCUUGUGGUCUCCUUUGGCAUGGAUUUCCAAUUUUAUUGGUCUGAUAGUUUGCAUAGUCUGAUAGUAUGCAUCAGAUAAUUUGAAUUCCUUUGCAUUUACUUAAGCAUGUUCUAUGAGCCAGUAUAUGAUCUAUUUUGGAAAAUGUCCCAUCUGCAGCCAAGAAGAAUGUAUAUUUUGAUGUUGUGGGGUAGAACACUCUAUAGACAUUUACUAGGUACAUUUGUUCAAAAGUUUGAUUAAAUUCUAGUAUUUCAUUAUUGAUUUUUUUUAUCUAGUUGAUUUUUUUGUGACAGUAGGUAUUGAGGUCUCCUAAUUCAGUUGUAUUAGGGCUUACUUGAUUUUUCAUGUCCAUUAGUAAUUGUUUUAUAUAGCUGGGUACACUGAUAUUUGUUGCAUAUAUAUUUAUGAUUGUUAUCUCUUCCUCUUGAAUCAUUCCUUUUAGAAGGAUGCAGUGACCUUGUUUCUCUUAAUCAGUCUUUGCUUGAAAUCUACUUUGUCUUCAAAUAGAAAGGUACCUGUGCUUUUUUCCAGGUUCCUGUCAUGUGGAGUAUUGUUUUCCAUCCUUUGGCUUUCAAUGUAUGAAUUUCUUUUUGAAUUACAUGUGUUUCUUGUAUGUAGCAUAUUGUUGGAUCUUGCUUCUUGAUCCAUUCUGCCAAUCUGUGUCUAUUGACUGGUGAAUUGAGACCAUUAGCAUUGAUGGUUAUAACUGAUAGGUAUUGACUUAUCCUUGUCAUGUUAUUUUCCUGUUGUUUGCUCCCCUUUUCCUCUCUCCCUCUAAUUGUUUGCCUCCCUGGUGAAUUCCUUCUGUUGGGGUUCAUGGAGCUGUAGUCUUUAUUAUCUUUUCCUAGAAAGUCCUUCAGAACAUUUUGGAGUGCUGGUUUGGCGGUCAUAAAUUUUCUCAGAUGUUCUUUGUCAUGUAUCCUAUUUCUCAAUCAAUUUUGAAAGAUAGUUUUGUGGCAUUCAUCAAUCCGGGUUGAAAGUUGGUUUCCUAGGGGCUGGGGAUUUAGCUCAGCGGCAUAAGUGCCUGCCUUGUAAGCAGGCAGUUGUGAGUUCGAUCCCCGGUAUCCAUAAAAAAGAAAAAGACAAAAAAAAAAAAAAAAAAGAAAAAAAGAAAGUCAGUUUCCUUAGAAUGUUGAGUACUUCAAGCUCUGCUUGACAUGAGAGUUUGUGCUGAGAAGUCAGCUGUAAUUCAGAUGGGCUUUCCUUUAUAGGUGAUUUGUUUCUUUUGUCUUAACAGCUUUUAGGAUUCUAUUCUUGUGUUGAAGUUCUGGAAUCUUGACUAUGAUGUACCUGGCUGUAGAUUUUUUGAUCAUUGCUAAUUGGAGUUCUAUAUGCCUCAUUUAUCUAUAGAUCAAAUUCUUUUUCUCUACCAAGAAAGUUUUGUCAUGUGUCUGUGAACAUUUUUUUAAUGUCAUUUGUGGUAUCUCCUGCUUGUUCACUGACUCCAAUUAAUCUUAUUCUUCUUUGUCUCAUCUAGCAGCUGCUGGAUUGAUUUCUCAUGAUCCCUUGCUUUGUUUUUUUGUUUGUUUUUUGAGACAGAGUAUUGUAUGCAGUUCAGGAUAGUCUUGAGCACACUUUGUAGCCCAGGCUGGUCUCGAAUUCACAACAAUCCUCCUGCCUCAGCUUCCUGAGUGCUGGGAUUACAGGCAUGUGCCACUACACUGGGCUUCCUUGCUAUUUUUGAAAAAUUUUUCUUUUCCCAGUCGCUAACUGCAAGCCUGUCUUUAAUAUCUGAUAUCCUCUCCUCGCACUGAUCUCAUCUGCUUCAGAUAUUUUCAGUGGAGUUUUUGUUCUAGAUAUCUGCUUGAAUCUGUUCUAUGGAUUGCAUUUCUUUCCUAUGCUGCACUUCCAUAAUUUGUUUAAGAUUGUCUUGUUUUGUUUUGUUUUGUUUUUUGUCUUUUUGAGACAGGGUCUUGCUGUGAUUCAGGCUGGCCUUGGGCUCACUCUGUAACCCAGGCUGGUUUCAAACUUGCAAUAAUCCUCCUGCCUCAGCCUCCUGAGUGCUGGAAUUACAAGAGUGUGCCACCAUGCCCAGUUUAAGAUCCUCUAUUUUUUGUCUGUGUAUUCUCUACCAUCGCUAAAUGUGGUGUGUAUUUUCAUAAUCUCUGUAGCUAUAUGAUUUCUGAUUUAAUUUUUUCCAGAGCCUCAUUGAACUGCUUUGUUGUUUCCAUUUCAGAAAGACCUGGUGGGGGGCUUUCAGUUACCCCACCUCAUUGCCCCUGGAUUUGCCUUUGGUGAACUGGAUGCCUGAGGUUGCAUUUUGCUUAAGUGUCUUCACAUUUUUCUCUCUUUUUUAGUUUAAUUCCUUCGGUGAUGCUUGUAAAUUGCCUGUAGUGGGUUGCUUUAUUGGUAGUAUUUAGGACACUUAGGUGAUGCUUACUUCUCUGAGGUAUCUUCCAGGUAUAGCUGGUUUUUGGGUUUUGAGUCUGUUGGAAGAUCUUACCUCUUCAGUUUGUUGCAGAUGAGAAGUUGUUUGGCCUAGACCCGGGUUCUUUGGCAUUGUGCCACUGUAUUUUCUGUGACCCUUGGUUAAUCUCAGUCAUGGAUUAUCAGAACUAACAGCUGUUUAGAAAAAUUAUGUCACUUUUGGCUGUAGUAGUACCAACAGCAUCAAACACAGCCUAGAAAACAAACUAAGUUAACCUUUAGUUUGCAACUUUUAACCGUAUGAACUAGAUUUAUGAUUAUAUAACAAAAUGUAAAAUAAACUAGAUAAUUAUAUGCAA